CCAGUGCCCUACCAGUGAUGGCAUAUACUGACCAUAACCCCCUAGUGUUUCUCCACUGUAUGUACAACCAGAACCAGCGCCUUAUGCGUUGGGCUCUUAUUGUGCAAAAUUAUAAUUUGGAGAUCCGCCACAAAAAGGGUUCUGAUAACGUAGUAGCAGAUGCUUUGUCUCGUGUGUAUGUUUCGUUGGGUUAACUUUGUUUGUUGGUCUUGUGGGUAUUCAUUGUAAAUUCUUUGUUCGCAAUCCCCCCUAGGGUUGCUCCUUUAAGGGUGGGAGUGUUACGGAUACAGGUUUUCACUAGAGUUCGAUCUCUUUGUGUCUCAUUCUCUCGCAAUAUCUCUCUCUUUGAGCUCUUGUUUGUUUUUACACCUACAGGUCACUUUGUCCCACCUGUGAGUAUUGUCUUGGUGAUGGUGUUUGUUUGAUUGUGGGUAAAGGGGGUACCAAGACAAGUUGCCCGUGGGCAUACACUACCCGUAGGUAAACUUUGUCUAAAUACACUAGUUAGAUGACUUCGGUGACUGGGUCUUUUCCAAUUUUUUUGGGCCUUCCUCUGACAAUGAGCCUGUCCUCCUAUAGCUCCUCCCACCAGCCUCCUCUGAUGUGCAGGUAUUUGUGGAGAAGACUGAGAAGAGCAGGAACUGAGUUUGUUGAUCAUAGUUAGUAUUAGGGGUCUAUAUAAUAUUUGCGCGUUCUCAGUUGAUUUUAUUAUUUAACUGUACCAGUAAGUGAAUGACUGAUUUAAGUGUGGUGGUCAUACAUUGGAUGAUUUCUAUUUUGAGUAAGCAAAUGAAGACUCUUCAUUCUCUGCUUCAUAAUUCUGAUUUCUAAGAAGAGGGUCAAUGGCAUUUACAUGGUGUUCAAAAGAGCUUGUAGGCAUGAUAUAAACUCUAAUCUAAACUGUCACUUUUCAAUCUUCAUUCUUUCUGUUAAUAAAGAUGUGUCAAUGGCCAUAACAACCACAAUUAAUCAAGUGUCUUGGAUACCUUGGCAACUAGCUACAAUAUAUUGAGGCAAUUUUAAAAAGCGCCUGAGCCCCCCUUCUUUUAGGUACCCACUUUAUUAACCUAACAAUGGCCUGUUACCCAGCAACCGUUUAAGCUCCUAGAGAAAAGACAAGGAGGUCACACUGCUGUGGAAGGAUUCAGCUCUCCCAAACAAAUUGCCUUUGGCGUGGUACUGAUCAACCGAAUAUCAACAAUUAAAAACUGACAUGAUUAGAAAAGAACGGGAUACAUGUUGUAAAUGGAGUUAAAAAAGGAGAAGUUGUCUAGUUUUUCAUGCCUUCAUGAAAGGUUGAUGAUGAAAUGAAUGUGUCUUUGACUGGGUUUUGAACACUCAGGAUCCUAUUCAAUCAAACUGCUCUUAUGCAUUAUGCAUGACAGCAAGGCAAGCACUGGGAGGGGAGAUGAACACAGUCUGAACACAGGAGAGCUGAAAGUACACGUCUUUCCCACCAAGGACCUGGUGGGAAAGGAACUAAAAGAACAGAUCCUGAAAGGACUAAAGCUCAGGCUACCACAUGAACACAGUGGGAGGUGAUUGACACAGUGCGCGGACCUCACUAAAAAACCUCUCCAACAGUCGUCGUGCCAUCCUCACUUCUUACUCACUGUGAAGCGCUGUUACAAGAGAGUGAUGUGGACUUUAUUUGGGACUAUUCACUACUAUCAGUAAAGCUGGCUGCAGAAGUAGCAGUCCUCCCUGAGCACCAGGCCUGACUGUUAAUAGCUCAGCCAGCCAGCCUGGUUCCCUCUCCUCUUUCCUGUGUCUGAUUCAGAGAAGCUUUGCCCAGCCUCCUCUCCCCCCCACCACCCCUCACGUUGUUGCAGGAGUUGAGUCUCUGCUGCCCAGGGAGGGCUCCAGACAUGUCCACCAAGGCGCCCAUAUACCUGAAGAGGCGGAGCAGGAAGGGUAAGAAAGAAAAGCUGCGGGACCUUCUCUCCUCGGACAUGAUCAGUCCUCCGCUUGGGGACUUCCGCCACACCAUCCACAUUGGCAGCGGCGGGGGGGAGGACGACCUAUUUGGGGACCUGUCCUUCCUGGAGGGGAAGUUCCACCUGCUCCCUGGGCAGCAGGGCGACAGCAUAUCCCAGCGCUCUUCCAUGUACGCAGAGCCCUUCCAGUUCAGCCGUACUGCCAGCAUCAGUGGACACACAGCCUCCUCAGAUAGCUCCCCCCUUCUGAAGAACGCCCUCUCUUUGCCCGUCAUUGGAGGGUUGCAGGCCAUCACCCUGCCCGUCACCUCUGUACCCCCCACUGUCCCCCACCCGCCUCAGAACUUAGCCCCCCCACCCAAACCUCCUCGACUGCACCUGGAUGACAAGAUCCUGAUGUCCCAUCACCCAGGCCUGGACUCCCCCUUGGCCCAGACUCCCAGCAAGACUUCCCAGUUCUGCCCACCCUCUCCCAGAUUUCCAUCAGACGAUGAUGUGUGUAUCCAGGACCCCUAUCUGGAUGACCGGGUUCAGGAGCGUCCCUACUUGUCCAACGCAGGCUCCCUGCUCUCCCUGCACCUGGACCUGGGACCCUCCAUCCUGGAUGACGUGCUGCAGAUCAUGGACCGCCAGCGCCUCAACGGCCUCAACGGAACCUGUCUGCAGGGAGGACGGCAAGAGCUCUACACCUGACCAUGAGAAGUCCUCCCUCGGUCCUCUGUCCUUUUACUGUCUUUCGUAGUGUAACACAGGAGGUUCUGACCUCAACCAGGCCUUGCUUGAUCACAAGGCUGGGUUUGUACAGUAGUUUGCUCAUAUUAAGUGCUUUUUUUUCUGGAACUUAACAUCAGUUUCUGUUAGUGUUUUAAUUGAUAUUGAAUAUCUUUCUACACUUUUCCAUAUUUGAAUUACUUAAUGUAGGAAGUGUUGUCUACUGAGGUGACAUGAGCCAAAAGCUGACUGUUAAAUCUCCUCUGCCCUUCCUCCAAAGAGUACAUGAAGAGACUGGGGAAAGAAUACACUGCUGGUCAGGAACUGAGGUCAGCAUAUAUAUAUAUAUAUAUAUAUAUAUAUAUGUUUGGGGUAAUAUGUCAGUGGGAAGGAUAUGGUAAAACCUGAAUGUCGGUGUUAGAUAUUUUUUUUUUACUGCACCUGAGCUGUAGACUGCUGUACGUACUCCGAAGAUCACAGUUUGCUGCGCGUGUCAUACAGAUUUAUCCAGUUUAUGAAGCUAUUCUAUUCAGACUCUACUUGGUUGGGGUUAUUGUUCUCAAAGACACACACUUACGGAAAGAUGAACUGUACGACAGGGAUGAUGUCAUCUCUGCAAGGACAGAGAGCCAGAGUGGGAGAGGAGAUCACCUCCCUGAGUCUGUCUCAGUUUUCAGCUUUUGUUCAUUUUUUACUGCAAGAUUGUGAAAGUUCUAACUUUGUUUCAGGAGAGACACUGAGUGUUGGAGAGUGCAGUUCCAUAUCUGUCGUCCUUUCAGCAGAUCUACAGAACAAAGCUCUCUGUUUUUACUGGCUCUCAGGCUCUGGUCAUUGGGAUGUUGGACACGCUUGGAGUACUGUUACGUUUUGAUUCACAACCUGAGACUGCUCAUAAAGAGAUUAUCUCACCGCUGUAGCCAUCCAAGUCCUUGUGUUGCUCCAACUUUCUCUGUACCAACACAGAAAAGUUCACAAUCAGACUAUUACCAAUGUUAUUUGGAAUUCUAGUUUCAAGAUACUUCAGUGUUUGCAGUACAAUACAGCGUAGAGUUGCUGGAACACCAAUUGCUGCAUGGGGUAUAUAUUUUUCUAUUUCAGUAUUACAUCAAUAACAAUGUAGCAAUCAACUGGAUAAUGAUAACAGGUUAAUGAUUCUUCACAAACCCAAUAAGAAAUGCUUUAUUAUUUCCACCCAGAGGUGCACUGAUUCACUUCAACAUUGUACAAAUGAUUUCAAAAGUGAAAUGAUAAUAUAAUUUAGAACAUACGUUGGUUCUUUGAUAACGGUGGACAAAUGAUGUGCAGGUCUACCUUAAGAAUGGCAGAAAACGCUGGAUACCGUUAUAAUGUACCCAACAGGGGUUCUAUACAUUACAUGUCCUACUGUAGGCUAACAUACACUACAUUUAUGCAUAACGCUAAACAAUAUCAUUAUAUUAUUAUAUUUGAUUAAUCUCAUAUUAGAUCAAAUGUUUUGUUACUUUUACACACUUACUAAAGCACUAUAAACCUAUUGGCAUUGUAACUGCAUAUAACUACAUUAAUUACAGCUUUUAAACUGCUCUAUAAUUUCUGUUUACUUUUGGAUAUCAACUCAUCAGAUCAAAUCUAUCAAAAUCUAAUGUUCUCACUCCAUACAUAUCCACCCUGUCACAGGCAGCCAGUGGCACCUUAAUUGAGGAGGAUGGGCUCAUUUAAAGAAAAAAAAAAGUUAUUUAACUAGGCAAGUCAGUUAAGCAAAAAUUCUUAUUUUACAAUGACUGCCUACCCCGGCCAAACCCUCCCCUAACCCGGACGACGCUGGGCUAAUUGUGCGCUGUCCUAUGGGACUCCCGAUCACGGCCUGUUGUGAUACAGCCCGGGAUCAAACCAGGGUCUGUAGUGACGCCUCUAACACUGAGAUGCAGUGCCUUAGACUGCUGCCCCACUCAGGAGUAAAUCAUAGUAAUGGCUGGAACGGAAUAAAUGGAAUGAUAUCGAACACAUCAAAUAAAGGGUUUUCACGUGUUUGAUACAAUUCUAUUCACUCCGUUCCAGCCAUUAUUAUGAGCCAUCCUCCCCUCAACAGCCUCCUGUGCACCCUGUGCAUGCUCAAGUAAUUACUAAAUUAGAUGGAAAAUAACUUGGGCUCCAUAGCUGACAUGUUGAGAAGAGGACUGUAUUAAUAGACAUAUGUUGCAUAGAGAGAGAGAGGAUGUGAUUAGAUGUGCUGCUGUGCAGUGUUUGGACUCUGAGAGAGAGAGAGAAAGGUUAUGGUAAGAUGUGCUGCAGUGCAGUCUGUCCGGACUCAGAGAGAGAGAGGAUGUGCUGCAGUGCAGUCUGUCUGGAGCCAGAGAGAGAGAGGAUGUGCUGCAGUGCAGUCUGUCUGGAGCCAGAGCCUGCAGUGCAGUCUGUCCUGCUGACCGUGGCCAGGCCAGAAUGGCGUUACGUAAGCCUGUGUCUGUUUACUCUGGAGCUCUGUUGACAGUCAGAUCUGCAGCCAGCCACUUCGUGACAGGGGAGCUGUACGGUGCAGUACAGUACGUCAGGCUCUCCUGCAGAGUUUGGGACAGCACCUGUUGACAGACUGACAUCAACACUACUAACCUUCACUGGCUCCUCCAACUGCUAUAAAUCCCGAUUUUUACAAUCUAGUCAGUCGUAUGCUGCACCUAAUGACUAUGGUAACAUACUUUGGUGUUACUUUUUAAGUUGUGAUAUGCAUGGUAUGCCUCCCACAACAACUGAACUCAAGUUAUUUUGGCAUGUUUCCUAUUGUAUAUAGCUACUAGUCUAGACCUCCAAGUAAGUGUUGGUUGUUUUAGAAAGUGAUUGCAGCAUACGGAGCCAAAACCCUUCAUCACUCCGUUUAUCAUAGUUGCUAUGGCACUGGCUUCUGCUAAUGUAACGGAUGUGAAAUGGCUAGCUAGUUAGCGGGUGCGCGCUAGUAGCAUUUCAAUCAGUUACGUCACUUGCUCUGAGACAUUAAGUAGGGUUGCCCCUUGCUCAGCAAGAGCCGCGGCCUUUGUGGAGCGAUGGGUAACGAUGCUUCAUGGGCAACCGUUGUUGAUGUGUGCAGAGGUUCCCUGGUUCGCGCCCGUGUCCGGGCGAGGGGACGCCGUAGAGUUAUACUGUUACACUGAUGCUGUUGACCCGGAUCACUGGUUGCUGCGGAAAAGGAGGAGGUCGAAAGGGGGGUGAGUGUAACGGAUGUGAAAUGGCUAGCUAGUUAGCGGGUGCGCGCUAGUAGCAUUUCAAUCAGUUACGUCACUUGCUCUGAGACAUUAAGUAGGGUUGCCCCUUGCUCAGCAAGGGCCGCGGCUUUUGUGGAGCGAUGGGUAACGCUGCUUCGUGGGUGACUGUUGUUGAUGUGUGCAGAGGGUCCCUGGUUCGCGCCCGUGUCGGGGCGAGGGGACGGUUUAAAGUUAUACUGUUACACUAAUACCUGAAUCACCAGAUAUGAGGCUCCACUUCCCUACAUAUUUAUUUGGAGAGUGAAGCUAAAAUUUUUAAUUUGGUUCUAUACUCCACCAUUUUGGAUUUGAGAUCAAAUGUUUUAUGAGGCGAUGGAACAAAAUGUCACCUUUUUUAUUUUAGGGUAUUUUUCAUAUACAUACUGUUUGUUUUACCAUUUAGAAAUGAAAUAACUUUAUGUAUGUAGUCCCCCCCAUUUUGAAGGUAUAAGUAUUUGGACAAAUUCACUUAGUGUAUUAAAGUAGUCAAAAGUACAACUCUACUCUAACUUUCUCACUCAUCAUUAUUCACGGUUCAUUAAGGAUUUUCCGUAAUCAUGGUAGCUUCCAAAUUAAUGUACAAGUGCUCAAACAUUCUAUAUUAUUUACAAUAAAAGUGACUCCAAAAAUACAUUUACAAUUCAUUUCUACACAGCUGUCUGGAACACCUGGUACUCUCAUGCAUGAUUCAGUGUUGCUUGCCUCAAAGCGCACAUAGAAGUAAUUUAGCUCGUCUUGUAGGCUCGUGUCACUGGGCAACUGACGGCUGUGCUUCCCUUUGUAGUCCGUAAUAGAUUGGAACCCCUGCCAAAUCCGACGAGCGUCGGAGAAGGUGUAGUGUUUGUAUUUAUUAUGGAUCCCCAUUAGCUGCUGUCAAAGCAGCAGCUACUCUUCCUGGGGUCCAGCAAAAUUAAGGCGGUUUAUACAAUUUUAAAACAUUACAAUACAUUCACAGAUUUCACAACACACUGUGUGCCAUCAGGCCCCUACUCCACCACUACCACAUAUCUACAGUACUAAAUCCAUGUGUAUGUAUAGUGCAUAUGUUAUCUUGUGUGUGUCUGUGCCAAUGUUUGUGUUGCUUCACAGUCCCCGCUGUUCCAUAAGGCGUUUUUUAAUUUACUGCUUGCGUCAGUUACUUGAUGUGGAAUAGAGUUCCAUGUAGUCAUGCCUCUAUGUAGUACUGUGUGCCUCCCAUAGUCUGUUCUGGACUUGGGGACUGUGAAGAGACCUCUUGUGGCAUGUCUUGUGGGGUAUGCAUGGGUGUCUGAGCUGUGUGCCAGUAGUUUAGACAGCUCGGUGCAUUCAACAUGCCAAUGCCUCUCAUAAAUAAAGUAGUGAAGAAGUCAAUCGCUCUUCCACUUUCAGCCAGGAGAGAUUGACAUGCAUAUUACUAAUAUUAGCUCUCUGUGUACCGUAUUUUUUUUGUGGCACCUGCCCACACGACUGAACAGUAGUCAAGGUGUGACAACUAGGGCCUGUAGGACCUGCUUUGUUGAUAGUGUUGUUAAGAAGGCAGAGCAUUGCUUUAUUAUAGACAGACUUCUCCACAUCUUAUCUACUACUGCAUCAAUAUGUUUUGACCAUGACAGUUUACAAUCUCAUGUUACUACAAGCAAUUUAGUCAUCUCAACUUGCUCAAUUUCCACAUUAUUUAUUACAGGACUUAGUUGAGGUUUAGAGUUUAGUGAGUGUUUUGUUCCAAAAACAAUGCCUUAAGUUUAAGAAAUAUUUAGGGCUAACUUAUUCCUUGCCACCCACUCAAACUAACUGCAGCUCUUUGUUGAGUGUUGCAGUCAUUUCAGUCAUUGUAGUAGCUGACGUGUAUAGUGUUGAGUCAUCCGCAUACAUAGAAACUCUGGCUUUACUCGAAGUCAGUGGCAUGUCGUUAGUAAAAAUUGAACAAAGCAAGGGGCCUAAACAGCUACCCUGCGGAAUUUCUGAUUCUAACUGGAUUAUAUUUGAUAGGCUUCCAUUAAAGAACACCCUCUGCGUUCUGUUAGACAAGUAACUCUUUAUCCACAUUAUAGCAGGGGGUGUAAAGCUAUAACAAAUAUGGUUUUCCAGCAGCAUACUAUGCUCAAUAAUGUCAAAAGCUGCACUGCAGUCUAACAAAACAGCCCCCACAAUCAUUUUAUCAUCAAUUUCUCUCAGCCAAUCAUCAGUCAUUUGUUGUCAGUGCUGUGCUUGUUGAGUGUCCUUCCUUGUCAAUUUGUUUACUGUAAAAUAGCAUUGUAUCUGGUCAAUCACAAUUUUGUCCAGAAGUUUACUAAGGGUUGGUAACUGGCUGAUUGGUUUGCUAUUUGAACCAGUAAAGGGGGCUUCACUAUUCUUGGGUAGCGGAAUGACUUUAGCUUCCCUCCAAGCCUGAGGGCACACUCUAGUUGGCUUAAAUUAAAGACGUGGCAAAUAGGAGUGGCAAUAUCGCCUGCUAUUAUCCCACAGUAAUUUUCCAUCUAGAUUGUUAGACCCUAGUGGCUUGUCAUUGUUGAUAGACAACAAUAAUUUUUUCACCUCUUCCACACUGACUUUACGGAAUUCAAAAGUAAAAUUCUUGUCUAUCAUAAUUGGGUCCGAUAUACUUGGAUGUGUAGUGUCAGCGUUUGUUGCUGGAAUGUCAUCCCUAAAUUUGCAUAUCUUGCCAGUAGGAUUCAAUCUGUCCUGUAUUUACACUUUGCCUGUUUGAUGGUCCUUCGCAUGGCAUAGCGGGAUUUCUUAUAAGGGUUAGAGUCCCGCUCCUUGAAAGUGGCAGCUCUACCCUUUAGCUUAGUCCAAAUGUUACCUGUAAUCCAUGGCUUCUGUUUGGGGUCCCGUGUAGCUCAGUUGGUAGAGCAUGGCGCUUGCAAUGCCAGAGUUGUGGGUUCGUUUCCCACGGGGGGCCAGUACAAAAAAAAAAAAAAAAAAGGAUGAACGUAUGUACCUGUAAGUAGCUCUGGACAAGAGCGUCUGCUAAAUGACUUAAAUGUAAAUGUAAUGACUUAAAUGGGUAUGUAUGUACGGUCACUGUGGGGACGACGUCAUCAAUGUACUUAUUGAUGAAGCCAGUGACUGAUGUACUCCUCAAUGCCAUCGGAAGAAUCCCGGAACAUAUUUCAGUCUGUGAUACAGUAGCAAAACAGUCCUGUAGCUUAGCAUCUGCAUCAUCUGACCACUUUUGUAUUGAGCAAGUCGUUGGUACUUCCUGCUUUAGUUUUUACUUGUAAUUAGGAAUCAGGAGGAUAGAGUUAUGGUCAGAUUUGCCAAAUGGAGGGCGAGGGAGAGCUUUGUAUGUGUCGCUAUGUGUGAAUUAAAGGUGGUCUAGAGUUUUUUUUGUUUUUUCCCCCCCUCUGGUUGCACAUGUAACAUGCUGGUAGAAAUGAGGUAAAACAGAUUUAAGUUUCCCUGCAUUAAAGUCCCCGGCCAAAAGGAGCGCCGCCUCUG